AUGUUUCCUGAUGCGAUAGAUAUUUACAAAACGUUUUGUUUAAUUUCUACAGGUGCAUCAAACACACAAUCAUUCGUCCACAUCUUCUGCCUGUAUUCAACUUAUCUGGAUACUUUAUUUUGCAACCUUACGUUUCUGCAAACAUUCUUCUCAAGUCUGGACGCUUUCCUGCGUUUGAAGAACCCGGUAUUCUACAUCGCAUCAGCUAAACGUCGUCCAGCACUCUGGCUUAAAGUUGGUUCACCUUGGUUGGUAGCCGGAAUACAGGCGAUCGGGCAGUUGGCACUCAGCGAUCGACAGCAGGUCCGAUUACACACGGUUUCAACCAUGGAUUUCGGCGGCUCUUCUAUGGGAUCUAGUUUACAAUCUGUUUGCUUACUUCCGGAUCCAAACUUCCUCAUCAUUCGUACGGCAAUCGCUUAUGCUUUACCACUAAUCACUUGCCUGCUGUUAGUAGGACUGCAGCUGCGUAGUCUGCGUGGACUGAGAAAUUACUCAGAAGAUGCCAUAAAUGCGCUUCUUCAGGUUAGGCAUUCCUAUGGUCAUCCGUAUCCAGUUCGCUCUGUUGCGCGUCAUACACGGGACAGAACACACGGCAUUCCAAUGGGUAGUCAGUUCAACACUUUUCACAAGAUGAAUGGGGGGACUGGGGUUUGUUUCAUGUCAUCGUUAUAUCGUUCACCAAGCGAGCACAUUUCUCUGAUCCCAGUUAAGCUACCUAUCGACCAGUCAGAUAAGCAACGGUUGCCAAAAUCAAUGUCGGGUUCCUGGAAUAUGGACACGCAACAGUCAGCACAGUCCACCAAUUCGGAUGAACUUAACCGAUUGCUUCAUGUGAUUAGUCAGACGGAUGCUAGUAAACUAGGGACACAAAACCAAGCUAUACCUCAAGUACUUUUAUCGUCACAUGCGGUACCCCUCGUCGAAAUACGGUCGGUCAGUCCAACAACACCAUGUAUCUCAACGAUGGAUGAAAAUUCUAUAUUUCACUGUCCGACACAUGGAAUAAUCAAUGUUUCAAAUGCACAGCAAGACGAAAAGAAAGAUCACCCGACUGAGGGGACCAUGGUCAAAUACAACAAAACAGAUGAUCAAAAGCCCUGCGAAGCCUGCGAGCAUGUGCAAUCAGCAGCUGGUGAAACUAGAGCACCUUCGCUGCUGGACCACAAAGUAUUGUUAGACCAAUCCGUUGGAUGCUCAGUAGCCACAUCACUGGUUUCAAGUAUUUCCAUGAAUAGUGUUGGACACACUAUAUCCACUGAUCUACUUAUCGCGCUGCCAAGUAAACAAACACCCUUGUCAGAAAAUGCGGACACUAUACAUCUCAACCCAGAUGAAAAGAGGCAGAAUGCGGCCACCGUUAUACCAAGAUGGUUAACUGCUUACUAUGGGGAGCAACUGGUUGUUGCAAUCAAUUUAGUCAGCUGCAUUAUCGCUGUCGGAACUUGGUCUCCUUACAUUUUGGCAACUCUCGCUCAUGGUCUUUGUCAGCCCAUCCAGGUCUCACCACCCUUCAUUCCUGCAACACCCGGCUUUCCAAAAGUGGACGCCAGUAUACUGAACAAACAUCAUACGAAAUUAAUGGAUAGAUGCCUUAUCCAAGUGGGGCCGGAUCGCAUUGCAGACUUUAAAUGGUGGGCAUACGCAAGCUCCGGUCUGUUGCUUCCGUGUCUGCUCUUCUUUCUUGACCUGGGACUCCGAGAAGGUUGCUGGAAAGCACUCUAUUAUGGUAGGACCACAAAGCAGAAUGCAGCGAAUCGUUCCAAAAAGACUAGCCCUAUAACAACAAAUACACCAGCUCAGGUUGAAACCUAUCGCUGUUCGAACUUUAAAAACAAUUCAACCGUGUUCGAAAUUAAUGAGGACAAUACGAGUAACCCAAGCAGUGUGGUUAAUCCGCCAUGGAGUAAAAGGGAAACAGAUAAAUUUGAAACAUGA